AUGGCUAUUCAAAAGAGAGAACUUUGCGAUAGAAAUAUUCCGAUUGCCAUAAUUGGUAGUGGCUGUCGAUUCCCUGGUGGUGCGAACACGCCUUCCAAACUUUGGGACCUACUUUAUUCUCCAACAGACGUUUCUUCUCCCUUGCCGUCAUCACGAUUUAAUGCGGCUGGAUUCUACCACAAGGACGGUUCUUAUCAUGGUCAUGCAAACGUCAAAGACUUCCGGGGAUAUUUCCUCUCCGAGCAGGGAGUAGAACGCCACUUUGAUGCCGGUUUCUUCGGCAUUAAUCCUGCUGAAGCAAAUGUGUUGGAUCCACAAAUGCGGCUGCUGCUCGAGGUCACCUAUGAAGCUCUAGAAGUAUCUGGAGAGACGAUGGACCGCCUCCAGGGCUCAGACACGGGCUGUUAUGUUGGACUGAUGGCGGGAGAGUAUGAGCAGGCCAUGUUGAAGGAUCCAGAAACACUUGGAACAUACCACGUCACGGGUACUGCUCGCAGCUUGUUUUCUAAUCGACUAUCAUAUUUCUUUGAUUGGCACGGUCCGUCUAUGACUAUUGAUACUGCUUGCAGCUCUAGUCUCGUCGCUGUUCAUCAGGCAGUACAACUGCUCCGAUCCGGACAGUCACGCAUCGCUAUCGCAGCGGGAACCAAUAUGCUCAUGGAUCCAAGCCUGUAUAUCGGCGAAACUAAAUUACAGUUAUUGUCUCCUGAUGGCCGGUCCCGCAUGUGGGAUGCUAGUGCCAAUGGAUACGCACGUGGUGAAGGAGUUUGUUCAAUUGUUAUGAAGCGACUAGAUGAUGCUCUGGCCGAUGGAGAUGAAAUCGAGUGUGUUAUUCGAGAAACUGGUGUCAACUCUGAUGGACGGACUAAGGGAAUUACAAGGCCCUCCCCCAUCGCACAGGAAGAUCUUAUUCGCGACACAUAUCGUCGAGCUGGACUCGACCCUAGCCGCUCUUUUGACCGGCCGCAGUAUUUCGAAGCACAUGGGACCGGGACCGCAGCGGGAGAUCCGAUAGAAGCUGAAGCCAUUCACUCUGCCUUCUUCGGGAACACCGGCACUGACAGGAAGAGUGAUGAGACCGAUCUUCUUUGGGUCGGCAGCAUCAAGACAAUUUGUGGCCACACCGAAGGAACUGCUGGUUUAGCGGGCAUUCUCAAGGCCUCUCUGGCUCUCCAAAAGUCCAUCGUGCCACCAAAUCUGCUUUUAAAAACGCUCAAUCCCCGUAUCAAACGCUUUGGUUUCGGAGGUACCAACGCCCAUGCAAUACUCGAGAAUGCUGAGAGCUAUACACAAGCAAACGAAGACCCAAAACCGAAACCAGCGGAUGUUUCUGCGCCAGUGUUUACACCUUUCAUAUUUUCAGCUGCGUCAGAGAAGUCGUUACGAAACUACAUCAAGACAUUCGCGACAUACCUUGAAAAGAACAUGGAUUAUAUUCAGCCUCGCCAUCUCGCCUACACCUUACACACUCGCAGAAGUCGGCUCCAGUACGCACUGUCGGUGGCAGCUCGUGAUGGCGCUGAGCUUCUGAGUAAACUGCAGGAUAUGGUUCAUGCUUCUGAGGUUGGCACGAAGCCGAUAAGUAUCCGUGCCAAUUUUGACCGAAGUCAGACACAACAAAGACCCGUUGUGUUUGGCAUAUUCACCGGUCAGGGUGCUCAGUGGGCUGGCAUGGGCUCGGAGUUGCUUUCUAAAUCACCAGCAGCGACCGAAAUAUUGGAAAGGCUAGAAGGCCGCCUUUCUCGACUUCCGGCGCCAGAUCGUCCUUCAUGGUCACUUCGAGAAGAGAUUCAGCGUGUCGAAGCCUCGCGUGUUGCUGAAGCUCAAUUUUCUCAACCGAUUUGCACAGCAAUUCAAAUCAUUCUAGUCGAACUCCUGCGCUCUUCUAAGCUUGAGUUUAGCGCCGUUGUAGGCCAUUCCUCUGGAGAGAUUGCUGCUGCUUUUGCUGCUGGCCUUAUAUCUGCUGAGGAUGCUAUCUGCAUUGCCUAUUACCGUGGCCUACACAGUAAGCUAGCGGGUGGUAGCACCAAGGGCGCCAUGAUGGCCGUGGGAACAUCUUUCGAAGAAGCGUCUGAGAUUCUUGAUUCGAAAAAGUUCAGGAAGAGGGUAACCAUCGCUGCUGUUAACUCCUCAUCAAGCGUCACGCUAUCAGGGGACGAAGAUGCGAUCCAGGAACUCAAGGUUAUCUUUGAGGAUCAGGAAAAGUUAGCUCGCGUUCUCAAGGUGGAAAAGGCCUAUCAUUCCCAUCACAUGGUUUCGUGCGCAGAAGCUCAUCGAGAGUCUCUCCGUGCGUUAGAUGUUAAAGUUCUUCGGAAAUCAGCUUCCAAGUGCCUUUGGAUCUCGAGUUGUUAUGGCCAGGAGGUCACUGCUGAUAUUUUGGACAAGUUAACAGCCGAUUACUGGGUGGACAAUCUGAUAAACCCUGUGCUCUUCAUGCAGGCCAUCCAAAAGACCUGCAGCUUGCUUGGCCCUUGCCACCUUGCCGUUGAGAUAGGACCUCAUGCGGCACUCCGUGGUCCAGCGCUACAGACUAUUCAGGAGGCAAUUGGACAACAAGAGCCAGUACCAUACACCGGACUUUUGAAAAGAGGUUCUGACAGUAUUCUAUCCAUUUCAGACGGUCUCGGACAUAUCUGCUCUCACCUAGGCCGCUCUUCACUUGAUUUACAGGCCUAUGAUCGGUUCGUGUCGGGGGAUGCGCCUGCAAGACUUGACAAGACUCUGCCGCUCUAUUCCUGGGAUCACGAAACUGGCUACUGGCAUGACUCAAGAUAUUCAAGGGCCUACCACUUCAGGUCCAGACCCCACGAGCUGCUCGGUUCUCUGGCUCCCGACUGUGUCGCUGAAGAGCUUAGAUGGCGUCACAUCCUCAGCCCAAAGGAGAUACCAUGGCUUAAUGGACACCGUCUGCAAGGCCAAGCUGUCUUCCCAGCUGCAGGUUAUGUAGUCCUAGCCAUUGAAGCUUCCAGGGAAAUGUUGAAGAUGCUUCAUGAUUCGAAAGCAGCUGAUUCGAAAGCAGUCUCACUCAUCCAAGUCCACGAUCUUGAUAUUAGCCAAGCUAUGGCUUUUAAUGGAGACGAUGCCAAGGUCGAGGCUAUAUUCCGUCUGCAUAACAUUACCCACGACCAUGAUACCACGACUGCCCAAUUCCAAUACUCUGGCGCCCCUGCAGUAAAUUCUGGAUCGUCCCAAAGCUCGGGCGAUAUAUCUCUGCGCACAUUUGCUACGGGGUCUGUCUAUAUCGCAAUGGGAUCACCGUCUCCCAGCUCUCUCCCAGCAAGGGGUCCGCAUCCUGAAAAUGUUCUGUCAGUCAAGACGGAUGAUCUUUACGACUCAUUUCAGCGACUAGGGUACGGAUACACAGGCCCAUUUCGCGCCCUAGAUAAACUGGAGAGACGGCUUGGUGCAGUUCGAGGUUAUGUCAUGAGCCCCGAUGACCCAGAAUCUAGGCUGCUAAUUCACCCGGCCAUGCUGGAUGCAGCAAUUCAAUCCGUUCUACUUGCACAAGCAGCUCCUUACGAUGGAAGGCUGUGGUCUCUUCAUGUCCCACGAACCAUACAGCGCAUCACCAUCAAUCCCUCCCUAUGCAAGCCAGGAAUGCUCCAUGGCAAGUCGCUGAGAAUAGAUACAUGCCAGCCGAAUCAGUCUUCCGGACUUCGAGGAGAUGUAGAUAUUUACCCCACAUCCGAGGAACUCUCACAUGCCAUGAUUCAAAUGGAGGGUAUUGAAUGUGUACCGUUCGCUCCAGCAACGGCACAAGACGACAAGCAGAUACUCGCUAAUGUAGAAUGGGGUCCAGCUUUCCCAGAUGCUGCUAAGGCAUCUUGCGAUCUGAAUCCAACGCCCGAGGAGACGGAACUGUCACAGCUACUGGACAGGAUUUCUUUCUUUUACUUGCACCAUCUACAGUGCUCAAUUCCUCAGGACGAUCCUUGCCGACGUGAAGGGCCUAUCUCCAGAAUUUUUGCAUAUGCUGAGCAUAUUGAGUAUCUUGUCAGACGCGGCGACCGGCCCUUUUGGAAGCCCGAUUGGUACAACGAUACACAAGAGUCAAUCGCUAAAGCAUCAGAGCCUUACAGUGACAACAUCGACCUCAAGAUGCUCAGAAGGGUUGGUGAAAACAUCAUUGACAUCGCGAAAGGCAAAGUGACCGCAAGUGAGAUCACCAGGAAAGACCAACUCAUGAUGGAGACCUACACCAAGGCCUUGGGGCUACAAGAAGUGACGUCGUAUAUCGGGAGAGUGACGAGUCAGAUCAUUCACAAGUACCCGCACUUACAUGUACUCGAAGUCGGCGGUGGAAGCGGCAGUGCAACAAAAUCCAUCUUUGGCAUGGUCGACAGCUUCUCCUCAUAUACGUUCACUGACCUUUCAUCGGCGUUUCUCACCACAGCGCGGCGUGUCUUUGAAAGCAAAUCAUCGAAGAUAAAUUACAAAAUUCUUGAUGUCGGGAGUGACCCAAUUAACCAGGGAUUUUCACUGCAUGCCUACGACCUUAUUGUUGCUUCCAUGGUGCUGCACGCCACCCCUUCCAUUCGACAGUCACUCCAGAAUUUGAGACGGCUCCUGAAGCCCGGGGGCUACCUCAUAAUUCAAGAAGGGUUUUCCAACGACGUCACGCGAAUUGGGGCUAUUUUUGGCGCCUUCCCUGACUGGUGGGUGGGUGUGAAUGAGGGACGAGUGCUAGGGCCAUUUUUGUCGUUGAGUGAAUGGGAUGAGCUCUUACGUGCGACUGGAUUUUCUGGAUGCGAUACCAGCUCACCCGCCACUUAUCCUCUUUCCCAUCCAACGGCAGUGUUUGUGUCACAGGCUGUCGACGAUGUUGUGAACUACAUCCGAGAUCCACUAUCUGUCUGGUCCCCACCAUUGUCAAAAUCGCUGUCCGGCACUGAGCCUGGAGGUUACCAUGACCUAGUACUUAUCGGUGGAAAAACUUCUGACACUCAUCAGUUGCUUGAGCAGUUAUAUCCGAUUCUCCAAAAACACUUCAACAGUGUUGUACAGGUCGAUUCUUUUGCUGACCUGGUAGGCCACGGCCUGGAAAUUUCGGUCAAGUCGACUAUCCUGAGCCUUUCUGAGCUUGAUAAGCCCUUGUUUCAGAAUCUCAACAACACUGAUUUUGAAGCACUCAAGAAGGUUUUGCAGAGCCUCGGCUCAAUUUUCUGGGUAACUCAGGGAUGUCGGGCUAAAAACCCUUUUGCUAAUAUAAUGGUUGGAACAAUGCGUGGGGUCGUUUGCGAGGUCCCUACACUGACGUCCCAGUUUCUGGACUUGGAGGACGCUCACACGUUGAACGCUCGCUUCAUUGCAAAGUCCUUUCUUCGCUUCAAAGCUCAAGCAGACUUGGCAGGUCAACAUGAUGGAGGUCAAUUCAACAUGCUCAAUAUUCCGGAGCGUGAGAUUGUUCUUGACGCUCAUGGUCAGAUGCUGAUUCCGCGCCUUAAGCCUAAUAGCGACAUGAAUUAUCGCUCUAACUCCUCACGCCGCGCCAUCUAUAAGAGAGUCGAUAUCGGAAAGAGUGAUAGAAUCGUCAGGCUAACCCGCGACGACGUCAAUGAGGAGUACUGUCUCGAAGAAGAACAGGCGUACGAUACUGAGUCGAGCACAAUGUCUGCAACCACAAAACACACACAGGUCACACUCUCGCAUUCGCUCGCCUCCGCUGUUUCAGUCAAAAAAGAUUUUGGAUACAGUCACAUCAGCCUCGGUCGAGAAAAUGGCACUGGGGACCUUCAACUUGUGCUAUCGUCUAAGCUUUCCCAGAUCGUUCCCCCUCUGGAAAGCCGAAAAAUCAUGCAAGACAUCCCCAAAGACUCCAAGGCAUCAUUCCUACGUCUCGUCGUAUUAAGUCUCGCCGUAAUCGAGACCUUGCGCAACCUGACUCCAGGCAAUCAUCUCAUCGCCUACGAACCCGAAACCAUCGUUGAGGCUUUACUACUUGAAGAGGCCAAGAAGCGACACAUAGAUGUGACAGUUAUGGGAAACAAGCCUCAAUUCAACUUUAUUCGAGGGAGAAAGUAUGUUCACAUCAACCCGAGGGCCCCUGAUCGGAGCUUAGAAACUCUUCUGCCUAAACACAACUUGGUCUUUCUCAAUUGUGAGGCACAGAAACAUUCUGCCAACACAGUGGCCCGUAUCAUUUCAUUGCGUUCAAAUUGGUACAAGGUCGCUUCUCUAACCGAGUACUUCGCGACACAACCAUCAGUUCCUGAUAAUGCUCGUGACGAGGAUUUGCAGGACCGCUUGGCUACAGCAGUCGUUUACGCUGAGCAAUACAUUUCCUGUACAAGCAAAUCCGACCCCAAGAUGUAUAUAGACGUUCGUCGUCUGUCAGUUGAUAGACUCGCUGAGUUGACGGGGAAGGGACUUGAUGAAGCAGAACGGACCGUGGUCGAAUGGGACGGAAUCACGGAGGCUCCAGUGAAAAUCCGCCAAAUCGAUAGCGGUAACCUCUUCUCAAAUACCAGGACCUAUUGGCUCGCUGGACUCGGAGGAGGCCUGGGAUUAUCCUUAUGUGAAUGGAUGAUAGGACGAGGCGCCAAGUAUAUUGUCAUUACCAGCCGCAGGCCCAAUGUUACUGCUUCUUGGGUGGAGAAGAUGGCCACACUCGGGGGACUCGUCAAAAUACUUCCAUGCGACCUCACAAACCGAGAGCAGACUGAGGCUGUGUGUCACUACAUCCACUCGAAUCUACCGCCAUUAGGAGGCGUCGCACAAGGGGCAAUGGUGCUACAAGACAUAGGCUUCCGCGACAUGACCUACGAUACCAUGCAAAAGGUUUUGAGACCCAAGGUACAAGGCAGCAUUAACCUUGACGCGCUACUUGGAGAUACAGCGCUUGAUUUCUUCGUAUUCUUCUCUUCUGCUACUGCCAUCAUCGGCAAUGUCGGACAGUCGAACUAUUCAGCCGCAAAUAUGUUCAUGACGAGUCUCGCGAGACAAAGACGACAACGCGGCCUCGCUGCCUCAGUUAUGCACAUUGGGCCCAUACUGGGUGUCGGGUACGUUUCCCAGAAAGGUGAAGAAGUUAGGGAUAUUUUUGCUCGACAAGGGGAGUACACGUUCAUGUCCGAGCAAGACUUCCAUCAACUUUUUGCCGAAGCUGUGAUGGCGGGACGACCCGGAUCGAAAUUACCUCUUGAGAUCACAAUGGGGAUUUCGAAAGUGAACACAAAUCCAGCUAAAACUUUGGCAUGGUACUCUGACCCAAUGGCGGCACAUAUGAUUGGCAGUGCCACAGCCGAAACGGCCUCCAAGACGUCUGAAUCACGAGCCUCUGUCAAGGCUUUGCUGGCAAAAGCUAAAUCUCGGGGGGAAGCGACCGAAGUGCUGAAGAAUGUUUUCUUGCCGGUAAUCGGCUCACUUUUCCAAAUGGACACGGCCGCAAUCCAGAGUCCAGAUUCCCAUUUCCUGGACACGCGUCUAGACGAGUUCGGCCUUGACUCUCUCCUUGCCGUGGAAAUCCGUACAUGGUGGCUGAAAACGUUGCAAGUAAACAUGCCAGUUAUGAGGAUUCUUAGUGGUAUCACAGUCCGCGAACUCAUAGUUUCCGGGGUGGAUGACUUGCCCUCGGAACUUAUACCAAAUAUGCGAGGCUCGAUUGCGGAGAAUGGGAACCACUCAUCUACCAUUACAGCGGUGAAACUCAAUGGAGGUCCUACUGUUAACGGGACCACGCACCUCUCCAAUGGAAGUUAG